AUGUCAGCUAAUCACCCAGAUCUUCCUCAUAGGAAGCCCUCUGUAAUAAGACAUGCAAUCUCAUCGAUUUUAGGUACAGGUUCACCGGUAGAACCUCAACCGUUUAAUAGGCCAAGAAGAAAUACCACUUUCCAUUCAUCUACAGGUCAUUCAAAUAGCAUUUCACCUCGUGGUAUUCAUGGAAGUAAUAAUCAUUCAUCACAUAACCUCCUACAACCGAUUAUUGAUGACCGUGGUAAAAAUCGUAGACAUAGUACUAAUUCAAUUUCUCAUCCCAACCCAAUUCAUAAUAAUAAAAGAGACAGUGUCAUAUCGUCAAGUUCUGAUGCAAUUACAUUUAAUGACUCUGCUUCAAGUUCACCAACAAUACCAGGCUCUGAAAUUUCCUUUGGAAAAGAAUUCCUAACUGAAUAUUUAUUAGAGAGAGGCUUCUUACCUCAGAAAGUUGUAAUAGAUAAACAAAAUGUCCAGAUUUCAGUGGCAACUUCUGGAAAUUGUGUAUUUUUACCAACUAUGUCAUCUACUGAUGACGAAUACUUAUCAAGAUUAAAUGGAUUGGUUGGCGAUGAUUUGGAUUUCCAAACAGAAGUUGGCUCCAUUAGCCAGUCAACUAAUACAGACAAUGCAAAUAACAUGCAACGGGCAAAUACUCAGUCAUCUUCAAUUACAAAUAAUUCCCAAUUUAGUACCAGCAAUAACAAUCUAACUACACCAAGUGCUAGAUCGUCGAGAAGUAGUAACGCAAGGCAGAUGAAUCAAUCGAGAACUACACCAAGUUUGGAAGUAGACGAUUCGAUGACAAACUAUACAGUUGCUGUUAUUCUUUCUUUAAAGAAAAAAUUAAAACUAUCUGAGAUCAAGGUUAAUUUAUGUUCAAGAAUUAGAAUAUAUUGGCAUGACGGUGUACCGCCAACUAAAACAUUCAAAGAAGAAGUGUACCAUGCAGGUUCAUCAAGUUGGUCAUUGACUUCAGAUAACUUUAAUUUAUUUGUUCCUUCAAACGUUUCGAAAUCAGAAAAGAUAGUGGAGAAUAAAUCAGAACUAAGACCAACAGUUUUAUUUAAGAAUUUGGAUGAUCAAAACAAAAAUUAUAUUGAUAAACAAAAGACGAAGCAGAAUAUGUUAAAAAGUUUAAAUACAAAGUCUCCCCAAUAUCUAGCCCCUGGUGACUAUGUUUUUAUCUUGCCAAUUAUUUUCACAAAUCAUAUACCUGAAUCAUUAUAUCUUCCUUCAGCAAGAGUUGGUUAUAGAUUAUGUGUUGCCAUGAAGACUUUAGACAAUCCGCUAUCUACAGGAGCAAGUGACAUGCCAUCUCAGGACAAGAAUUCUACUUCGCAUUCAAAAAUUAAUGAAUCAGAUCACGGUAGUAAUCAUGCAUCUAAAGGAAACUCUAUCUUCAACAAAGUUAAAAAACAACUUCAUAUACAAUCUCAUUCUCAAAAGUCAGAUUCAGAUAAUUCAAACGGGAUAUAUACAGAGUAUCCUAUUAAUAUUGUAAGAGCACCUCCUCCUAUUUCACUUUCGACAGCAAAUAAAUCAAUUUAUAUCAAUAGAGUUUGGUCAAAUGCUUUGUCCUAUGAAAUUUCCUUUGGACAGAAGUUUGUUCCGCUUAGUGGUAAAUUUCCUAUAAAGAUUAAAUUAGCUCCACUAAUUAAAAAUAUUAGUGUGAAACGUAUUAGAGUAAGCAUAGUGGAAAAGAUUACCUUCGUUAGUAAGAAUUUAGAAUAUGAGUAUGAUCAAAUUGAUAUUUUAGCCAAGGACCCAUAUAAUCCAUACUAUAGUGAAUUUGAAUCAAGGCGAAAGAAAGAUCGUAAUUUGGCUCUGUUGGAAAUCAGAACUAAAGAAAAAGGUUCCCGGGCAAUUAGGGAAGAGAUCAUUGAUAACUGUAUAAACGAAAAUUUACUAUCUUAUAGUACCAUCAAAAAGGAGAGUAAAGAUAAGAAGCAUGAAGAAAUAGUUGGUUUCAAUGAUUCGAUUACAAUACUGUCAAAUUUGGAGUUUCCAAAAUAUGCUGAUUUAGAUCAAAAGACUGCUAAAACAAUCCCACCUUACGGUAUUGAUCUUUUUAAUAUGGAAGCUGUACCAGAAGUAUCAAGGAAAGAUAGCCAGUCCCAUAAAGGAAGUAUUGUUGGGUUUUUGGCUGGCCGUAGAUCAUCUUUUAAUGCUAAACAGCCUGAUUCUCCCUCUAUUAAGGACCCAAGAUAUCACGAGACUAAAUUCACUUCUUCAUCAGAAAUACCUGUCAAAUACCAUACUAAGUUGAACAAAGCAAAAAGAGGAUUAUAUUUGGAUAGUUUAAAUUUUCCAAAUAUUCAUAGCAGGCAUAAGUUAGAAAUUAUGUUCAGAAUAUGUAGACCUGAUGCAAAUGAUCCAGAAAGAUUUAGAAAUUACGAAGUUUUGAUUGACAUUCCUAUAUUUUUGGUUUCUGAAUUAUGUAACAGUGGUAAUCUUGAACUCCCAACGUAUGCUGUCGCUACAAGUGAGCCAUUGCUACCUCAAGAAAUGGUGUUAACUUCACCACCCACAUUUGAAGAAGCAAUAUCAGUUCCUGCUUCUCCGGUUGCCUCUCCUAUAUUAUCUCCAUUAGGAUCACCUAACAUGGGACCUGAUUUUUACGGUGAUAACUUAAAUAUUCAACAAUUAACGCUAUCGAGACAAUCGUCAAUCAGUGGGCCUAGUGGCUCGAUGCCACAUUCCGAAUCAAGAGGCCAUAUCAGUUCAGUUCAAAAUACUACAAUGAAUAGGACUGAAAGUGGGAAUAGAUACAACAAUCUUGAUGAUGUUUUGACGGGCAGUACGGCACUAUCACAUAGUUUCGGAGAAGUUGAAAGAACUACAAGCCGCAAGACGUGCGAAGAGCCCUGA